AUGGCUGCCGCCGGUGGCAGUCAGCUUCGCAAGAGACUAGGUCUGCUUGACCUCCCAGUAGAGGUUCGACAUCAAAUCUACGCCCACCUGUUCUGUCACAAACCCUCGCCCAUCACGCUGGGCUUCCAGGACUUUUUCACAAAGUGGGCAAUAUGUUCACCGUCGGACGAGAAAGGAUUGGCCCACGAGCCGACAUUCUACACCGAGCUCUUUCGCGUGAACAAGGCCAUCUCCCGCGACACGCUUGAGUUUGCAUACAGCGCCAACUCCUUCCGCUUCGACAAGGACAUCCAAACCUUUUGCAAUCUCGGUCCAAUUGCUCUCGCCUCGAUCAAGACACUGCGCGUUUACAAGAACGCCUGGCUGAACAGCUCCUAUGCGACCACAUUCUGGAGGACAUUGCACCAGCGCUGUCUAAGCCUCCAUCUCCUCAUCAUUGAAGCUGCAUCCCACGUCCUGUUGGCGGCGAUUCCCUAUCUUAAGGAUUUCAUGGCCUCCAUUCCUCGAGGUCAGCCGAAACCCAAACUGGUCCUCGAUUUGAACGUCUGGGACAGGCACUUUUCCUUUGACUUUCCAGACCGCGAAUAUCAAACAGCUUUGCGAGACCUACGCCGGAACCUGCUAGAUGAUGACUGGAAGGAAUUCUUGAAUCCCUACAUUUACGUGAUGCGCAUGCCGAGGCACGUGAAAGAAAUCCACUUUGUUCUGGACCUUGGGCCCGGUGCAUUUAGAGCUCUAGAAGAAGUUCUCAGACAAACCACUGAGCUUUGCUUCGUCGAGACCAACCUGGGCUUAUCAAGCAGUGGUGAUCACGUCGCAGGUCGUGGAAAACGCCGCUGCUUUAUUUGGAAAGAAACUGGUGACUAG